UCCGUAGUCCGUACUCCACGCAGAACUGGGUGUUGUGCGUAAAGCGGUUCCUUAUUCUACUGAUUGCAAACAAACUCUCGCGAGUGAAGCCACACGCCGCACCUCUUCCAUCAUGUGAGCAUGCUCACUGAAAUGCGAAAAUGGCUGAUCGGCUCUCUGGAGUUGCUAUAAUUAUCUGUAUUGCAUUAGGUGUCCUGGUAAGUGAUGCGUGAUCCGUUGAAAUGUGUACGCGCAUGAUUUGGCGCUUUUCCCCCCUUCUUCAGACAUUCCUCCUCCUGUUUAUAUUCGCCAAGAGGCAGAUAAUGCGAUUCACCCUCAAGUCAAAGCACAGCCCUCACGUGCCAAUUGGCCAUGGUGUAUCUAAGUGACGACGUCGUUUUGCAGUCGCUGAAAGAUGAAGUUGAUAGGCGACUGCUGAUUAUAAAAGACAUAGCAUACGAGCCUACACUUCUCAAGCCAAACGAGUGCCUUUCAUCUGACAGCGACCUAUCCCAAGUGCAACCGCAGCACUUGCUUCGCAUGGGUGUUGUGGACAAGCUUUCGGAACUAGAGGAGCAUCUUGGAGGAAUCGACAAGACACGGGUCCGCAAACCAGGCCAAGAUGUUCGAGUUUUUCUUCUGCGCCAAGUUCAUGGGGGACCGUUUGCAAACUGUGAUCCUCGCAUCAUACACAAGUUUCUGGACUUAUAUGAACAUGCUCGACACAGUCCAAAGGAGUUCACACACGAACACUACUUUGCAUUCAUGGGCAUCCUAGAGCAACUGAAGUCAAGCCUACCCUCUCGGGAAAAGACCACACCUCGACGCAAGGAUGCGACGCAGCCACACAAGAGUAGCGAGUCUCCAAAUGUCAACUUCUUGUCUUCAACGACUCUUCCAUUGCCGGACGCAAUCCUUCCAGGCAACAAUGGGAGGCCAGUGACUGAGCCACUAGCUAGCUGCCGACCAUCUACUCUUGCAUCUGCGGAAGAUGAUAACAGCAGAGAUGCUGCUCUGGAAACUUCAGUCUAAGUGUUGUGCUUCACUGUGUGUCGACCUUCACAAGUGUCAGCAUCUGUGCUGUUGCUCUCGUCUUCAUAGUUCUGUGCUUGGGAUUUAUGGACAAAGUGGUCAUAAUUUCACUGUUGAAGUCGAACUAUUGCUCUGAUGUUUAUUUUCCCACAGACUCUGGUGAGCUGGUGUAAAAUAACAUUAAAGAAAAACUCUCACUAUA